UGAAACCUGCCUCGUGAAGCAGCAGGCGAAGAGGAAGAAAGGAAAAUUAAAAGCUCUCUCUUUUCUCCUCUCUCUCUUUCUCACACACACAUUCUCGCUCUAACGCUCGCUUUUUCUCUCUAGUCUCACAUUCAUUCUUUGCUUCCUCCUUUUAUAUCACGAGAUCCCCAUAAUUUUCUUUUCUUUUUUUCUUUUUCUCGGUCUCCUCAUCUAUGUCUUUUUUCAAAGCUUCUUCUCUCGCAAUGUCUCAGUCCCUCUUCUUCCUAUACUGGUUUUGUUCCUGUUCUCCAAUUUGUAGACAUUGUUGACGGCGGUGACAAGGAAAAUUGAACUUAAACGAAAAUUUGUGGCACAUUGUGUUGAGGGGGGCUAGUUGGGUGGAAAUUUGAGAGGGAAAAUUUGUUUGGGGGUGUUUUGUUGCUUAGAAAAUGUCGCAUUCUGGGAAACCCAUUUCUGAUUUGACGGUGGAUACACUGUCCGAUCAGCUCCGGGACUCAUUGAACUGUUUCGAGGAGGUUAACAAGCCCGAUUUUCGCGAGCUCGAUCUGGGUUCCCCUGUCUCGCCUCUUCGUACUCGUGGGCUCUCUACCACUACCACCGCCACUAGCAGUAGCUCCAGUUCGUCCGGAUCCGUAUCCGGGAGAAAUGGGCAUAAUAUGAUUCCGAGAAGAUCCGACAAUAAUAACUCCGGUGAGCUCUCUGGGUCAAGCGAGUCCAGUCCUACCACCGCUGCCCGGAAUCCCAAACUGGGUCACUCGAGAUCCGACUCUAGCUCUAGUACAACAACUGCCACGGCCCACCCUUUGAUUUAUUCGAGUCAAAGCUCUGUGAACUCACCCCCUGCUAAUGUUCUACCCACCGGCAAUAUCUGCCCGUCUGGGAGAAUCCUGAAAACGGGUAUGAAUCCCAAUCGGAGCUCCAAAAGUGAUAUAUUAGGAUCUGGGGGCGGUAACUAUGGCCAUGGUAGCAUAAUGCGAGGCACAAGCACGACCAAAGCGUAUGGUAGUGCACAGACAGUGAAUGUGGGCACUGCAAGGGCAGGAAGUGGCGGGGAUGACGUGAGGAGGGCAAUGUACAGUGCUGAUCCGGAGGAUGUGAAGAGAGCAGGGAAUGAAAUGUACAAGAAGGGGCGUUUAACCGAGGCGCUUGGACUGUACGAUAGAGCAAUUGCAUUGGCUCCUAGACAUGCAGCCUACCGGAGCAAUCGGGCUGCAGCUCUCAUGGGGCUGGGGCGGGUGGCCGAGGCCGUGAGGGAGUGUGAGGAGGCAAUCAGGUUGGAUACCAAUUACUGGCGGGCUCAUCAGAGGUUGGGCUCAUUGCUCAUCAGGUUAGGACAGGUUGAUAAUGCCAGGAGGCACUUUUGUUUCCCUGGUCAGCAGCCUGACCAGGCUGAGAUGCAAAAGUUGCAAGCAGUGGAGAAGCGCUUAACCAAAUGUAGUGAUUCCCGAAAGGUUGGUGAUUGGAAAAGUGCAUUGAGGGAAGGUGAUGCUGCCAUUGCUGCCGGAGCUGAUAUUUGUCCUCAGCUAUUUAUGUGUAGAGCAGAAGCACUUCUGAAACUCCACCAACUUGAAGAUGCUGAAUCAAGCCUAUUAAACAUUCCGAAAAUGGAACUGUGUACCAACUCCUGCUCCCAGACUCGCUUUUUUGGGAUGAUUUCUGAAGCUUACCCUUACUUUGUAAAAGCCCAGAUUGAGAUGGCAUUGGGCAGGUUUGAUGACGCAGUUACGGCUGUUGAGAAAGCGGGGCAGUUUGACCCAAGAAAUAUUGAAGUAGCAGGGCUGCUUAAUAAUGUAAGGUUGGUGGCUAGAUCUCGUGCACGUGGUAACGAUCUCUUCAAGUCGGAGAGGUACACUGAAGCCUGCUCAGCUUAUGGUGAAGGCCUCAGGAUUGAUCCUUCAAACUCUGUUCUCUAUUGUAAUAGAGCUGCUUGUUGGUUUAAACGUGGUCUGUGGAAGCAAUCAAUUGAGGACUGCAACCAAGCUUUACGUAUUCAUCCUAAUUACACAAAAGCUCUUCUUCGAAGAGCUGCAUCAAAUAGCAAGCUAGAGAAGUGGGCUGAUGCUGUGAGAGAUUAUGAAGUUCUAAGGAGGGAGCUUCCCGAUGAUAAUGGAAUUGCUGAGUCUCUAUUUCACGCCCAAGUUGCUUUGAAGAAAUCUCAAGGGGAAGUGGUUUAUAAUAUGAAAUUCGGCGGAGAAGUGGAGGACGUUACAGCUAUUGAGCAGUUCAGAGCUGCAAUAUCUGUACCAGGAGUCUCUGUUGUCCAUUUUAAAGCAGCCUCUAACUUGCAUUGCAAGCAAAUAUCUCCAUUUGUUGACACUUUAUGCAGCCGCUAUCCUUCCAUAAAUUUUCUUAAGGUGGAUAUUGAGGAGAGCCCAGCAAUUGCAAAUGCAGAGAAUGUGAGAAUUGUACCAACAUUCAAGAUUUACAAAAAUGGUAGCCGGGUGAAGGAAAUUGUUUGUCCAAGUCGCGAUGUGUUGGAAUACUCGGUGAGGCAUUAUAGCCUUUAGAGCUCAUAAAACUGUAUUCUUCAAAUUUUAAUCUUGCCCUGAUGAACCUCCAGUCUCAUAAGAGGAAUCUUCCAGUGCUGCCAUUCACCACCAUACCACGAUUACCAGAUACCUAUGACAUAAGUAGGAGCGACAAAAUAACCUCACUAGCCAGCCAAUAUAUGCCCGUGGAACCACCCAGAGAAAAUAGCUUAGUUCGUUUUUGCGGGUUUCAUUUAUUCAUUCAUUCCUCAUUGCUCUGUGGUUCCAUGCUUGCUUCCUCCCAUCUCCUUCUGUUAAUUAUCCCCUAUUUCUUUCUUGGCUGUAGGAUUGCCUGAAAUAUUGUAUGAGUAUCCCCCACCUUCAUUAUGAGUACAAAAACAAACACAAGAGAGAGUAUGGCCCAUUUCAUUAAAAUACAUAUCUUUAGUCAAUGAGAGAUAGAACUGCCAGGCUGGUUAGUAGGAGAGGACCUUGUACAUGUAUAUAUAUGUGAUGAUAUAUACAGAGAACAUUAUGGAAGCCAUUAGGGGGAGGUAUUGGAUGUCAGGUGUGUACUUUUACAAGGUUAGUGAAAGAAGGAUGAAUAUGUUCAUGUCGUCAUUGAAUAUGAUUAUCAUUGUUGUUGUUUCUUUUGUUUUACGAUUAGAUCAAUAAAAAGAUCCCCAAUUUUUAUUCCCCAUUCACAAACCCA